UCUUUUCUGAUGAAUGAAAUCAAUUAUACAAAUUUAAUUCUCUUUUUAGAAAGAAUAGUUUCAUAACAUACUUGGAAAGAAAUUUACUAACAUAAAAUAUAUCAUGUCUAAUAAAAACUUAAAAAAUUCCAAACAAAGAAAAAAGUGGAAAGUAUAUAGCUGAUUUCGGAACGCGUUCUUUCAUUUGCGUGAAAUUAAAUCAAGAAUGGCCGGGAAGAUGGCGGCGGCAGAGUUAAAACAUGAUAAUGUUUCGUGCUAUGAAACUGUGAAAAAAAAUGCAUCAGCAAUAACAUUACACAGAGAAAUAGAAUGUUAUCAAUUUAGAUUGUUAGACUUGUUUUACUACUUGACUUCUGUCAGUUUUUUUUUCAUCGAUAUAGCAACAGAUAGUAUUGUGUUUAUGAAAUAUUUUCUACAAGGCCAAUUUGUUUGGGGAUGUUUUGCUUUGAGUUUUACAAUUUUACCUGCUGGUAUUAUUCAAAUAUUUAGUUUAAGAUGGUAUCACAGCGAUGGUUCUAUUAAAAAUAUACAUUGGUUAUUGCACUUUUUAUUUUUAGGAGUUUUACACAGGUAUUUAAUUUUACUUUAUUCCACAAUACAUUCAUUAAGGAGCAAACGAUUUAUGAAGGAUAAAAAUUGGGUAUACAGACAGGAAAGUGAUAUAUGCAUGUUGCAUUUAUUUGAGUCAUUUAUGGGGGCUGCUCCGCAAUUAAUAUUGCAACUAUAUAUUAUGGCAGUAUUACGUUAUACACCAUUAUGGACAAGUUUAUCCGCCAUAGUCUCCUUUUGUUCGUUGAGCUGGGCUAUAGGUACAUAUACAAAAGCUAUGCAAAAAAUAAAUCCUGACAAUAAUGAAGCAACAUGGAUAGUAUUAAUUCUUCAAGGUUUUUGGCGGGCCGGAAUGUUAAUAUCCAGAAUAGCUGUUUUGGUUUUAACAGCAGUCUGUUUAAGACAAUGGUCUUUAUUGUUUCUUGGAUUCCACUGGCUCUUUAUGACCAUUUGGGUGCUUCUUCAAAACACAAAUUUUUGCCCAACUAUAUGGGAAGAGCGUAUUUAUAAUUGUAUUAUAGGACUGAUUUAUUGUUUUGAUUUUUUUAAUUUACGUAUUGGUAAAUCUCGGUAUAGAGUAUUUAUAUUUUAUUCCAUCAUUGUAAUAGAAAACAUAGUCUUUUUAGUUGUGUUCGUUUUAUAUUUUAAAGAUAUUAUUAAAACUGAAAAAAUAAUAAUAAUGACCAGUUUUAUAAUUGGAGGAAUGAUGAUUGGCUUGACAAGUAUGUUGUUCUAUUAUGGAAAAUUUCAUCCGUCCAAAGUUGGAAAUAUAUCUGAGACCGCUGAUAAAAAAUCCGAGAUUGUAACCAACAAAGCUGUUACUCCUAGAUCUUUUAAACAGUAUUAUCCUAACUCGUUCACGACGUCUUCGACACGUUCUAUCGAUCGUUCUCAGAGGACUAGUUCCGAGGAAAUCACGACGGACAAGCAAUAUUUAUUGACGAACAUUGUGCAAAAUUCGGAAUGUACGGAAAACGGCGUUGCCAAUCAAACUUGCCUGAUCGAAAACGAUUCACCAUCAACUGCUGUUUGCGUUGUUUCGGAAUGCGAGUCGGCGCACAACAACAUUUCGAAAGACGAAAAUCCAUCGUCGAAUCACAUUUUACCGAGUAAUGCGUUCACCAUAGCCGAUAAUAAUUGCGAAUAUCUCGAGAUUCAUGACGAUCAUAACAAUUCGAGCGAAAAAGAUAUUCAUCGUCAGAAACGCAGAGGUAUUUGUUUGCCCACGAUUCACGGAUUGGAUAUAGACAAAGAUGUUUCGACAAAAGAUUCAACAAACUCUUGCCUCCCGUUGCAAAAGAGACGUGGCAUUUGUUUCUCGAACCAGCUUAUUCUUGAAAUGGAAAGUGACGACCAAGACAGUGGCAAAGUUCUAACCAAUAGAAAUUUGAUACUGGAUAUAAGUACGAGACACGACGGAUUAGAGGAUCGCUCCUUGAGCAACAUUUGCAAAGAUUUGAACAGUAUUACAAUGUUAAGGGGCAGGAUGGAGACCCCGAUAUUUAACGGGAAUUGCGAGAAAACGGAGGAAACGGAAAAACUAACGAAAGAGUUGCAACAAAGGGACGAAACGAUGAGUUGCGUUACUUCGAUUCACGAUUAUGAGAACGUUUGCCCCCUUGGCGUGGCUAGGCCACCAUGGUGUAUUCGCAGUUGGAAAGGAUAUACGGAUAUAGAAACUUACAUCCACGAUGACAGCGUUGUCAGAGACAGGAGAAGGGAUACUUUAACGAGCACAACAACCGGCACCACAUACAGUUCAGAAUUUUCCGACACCACCUGCGCAAGCUCGAUAUUAAGAGGAAUUCUAAAGCAGGAUGAUUAUCUUGACACGCUUACAUACGAUUUGAUAGAUUCGAGAGAGUUAAAAACUGCAUACAGCGAGGAUAUUUCUACGAAAAGAAUCGCUGAUGUGGACGAGCAAAAUUCCAUCCUAUACAUCGCAAAGCCGGUAGUGAUAGAUGACAAAGGUGGUAUGUUCGCGCUGGAUACUAUAUUGGAAGAGCACGAUGAAAUGGCCACGGAAGAGAAAUUUGAGUAUAAUCAAUCCAAUUGCGAUUCGGUUAGCACAUUGGUCAGCACUAUAGAUCAAAUCAGGAAAUACACGGCCGAAAAUUCCCCUAGGCACGUGUAUCACACGACGGGCAGUCAAUGGGAAGAUUUUGAUCCGAAAAAUUUGAUAAAAAAGGCCCAGCUUACGAAGGCGUUGUUCAAAACUGAUCUCAAAGAUCCUGUCACGUGUAACAGGAAUAAUUACAUCAAUUGUUUGGAGGAAUCAGAAUCUAUUAUUCGAGAAAAAGAUGAGAUUGACACUAUUAAAGACUUAGUUAAAUAUUGCACGAUAGAAUCGAUCAAGAAGACACCAUUGAUAGACGCGAUACUUUCCGACUCGCCAAUUUUGGGGAAUAAAACGAAGCUACAAAAACAAGCAUUUAUUUCCUCUCGGAAAGACGAGGCUGACUCGAAGGAGAAUGAUCUGUACGUCGAAAUGAGUCCGUUGGUACCUGUUGAAAAUGUUAAGAUUGUACAUAAUAAUUUAUCCGAGACAAUAUCCUCUAAUGUUAAUACGAAUGUUAAUUCAAAUUCUGCGGAUAAGAAACGGCUAGACGCUACGUCGUGUGUCCCUGCACAAUUAGUGAAAUCGAAUUCCGAUAAUACGGAAAAAUUAGAACCGAUCUGCGAUAAACGUAAAAAACCGAUCAAUUAUCCGAAACGAAAAUUUUCUUUAUUGAAGGAGAAAUUUGAAUCCAAGUCGCAACUAGUUUACGUUGUCACGCCUAAUAAGGCUAUUAAAAUUGGACAAUCCACCGCUUCUCCCGAAAUCGAGGCGUCGAAAAAAAAUGUUUCGGUAAUUUUAAAAAAGUCGUCCGAUUAUAUAAAAUACGACAAGGAGAAUUUGGCCCCUAUCGCAUCGUUUAAAGUAUGUUACGAGAAAAAUACCUCGAACGAUAAGUCUCAUUCAAAUCGAGAAAAUAUCGAUCUUAUUUACGAAAACGAUAAAUCUUUAUGUAAUAACGAUUUAAAUUUGAAAGAGAGAAGACAUAUCUUUUUGGAACAAGUUUUAUCACCUCCGAAACUAUUAACUUGGAAUAAGAAAAAGUCUUUUAGUGGUUCUACUGUAAAAAAGAUAUAAAAACAUUUACAUAACGAAAUAAUAUUUUUAAUAGAUUCGUAAAUAAGGUUACAAUAAUGAUUUAAUAUUAUUGAUUAUUUGUUUAUUAGGCCAAAUGUUUUUUUGCAAGAGAGUGAUACUUAAUUUUAUUUCAUAUAGAAUAAUGUUAUUUUUUUAUACUUUUUACGUGAUUAGUUUUUUUAUUGACCAAUAAGAAAAAGAGGAAGUAGAAACGAUGUAUAUAGUAUAUAGUUUAUAAAUCGAAUUUAUUAUGAAAUACAUGGAUGCAUGUAGAUAUACAUAUACGUGGAUCAAGUGAUAUAAAGAGAAAAUUACUAUUUUCAUAAAAAUGAAAGAAAAAAUUAUUUGAGACAAUUAUUAUGUGUAUGUAUGUGUAUGCGUGCGCACAUAGAGAGUGAGAGAUU